GGACACCACGGGGAAACUAUCGAGCAAGCGUGCGAUGGACCUAUGAGCCAACAGGACCAGAAACCUCAUGGACUUGUUACUAUUGGGGCGCUAUUGGGCCUAAAAGUGCUGGUUCAAAGCCGGCGAUGUUUCUCAAGACCGUCACCCUCUGUCAAAGUGGUCGUCCGGUGCGACACCUAAAUAACCUCCGCCUCCUACGGCACAGACUAGUAUCAAGCCUUCAUAUCAAGUCUCGCUCAUAUCAAUUCCUCGUAUCUACCUCCUGUCAUGUUUUAUCCAUAUGGCGGGAUUGGCUCGAUAGUGAAAAUCAGCCUCAACCCCUCGGGGUAUUUCGGAGUAAUCAAGGACUACUGGACUUCGUCUCCAUCGCCGUGACCAGCAGAUCCAGAUCCCAGGGACGUGACGACUUUGGUACCAAGAAAGCCCCGCCUAGUCCCGGUAUCCGUUCUCGGGACCAGACUUCUUUGAUAUGCCAUGGGAUUUCCGGAACUGUGGCAGGCGCUAUAUCAAUUUCCCCGUUUAUCUUUGUCUUUCUGCCAGUUAGUUCAUGGCAUAUCGAAGGCUCCUGAAAAUGCCCAUAGCCUUCAGUGUUUAGUCUAGAGGUUGAACUUCUGUCGGUUUUGAAAAGGACGUGCAAGUUAGAGAAAAAGAGGCAGAGUAAUGAGGAAAUCCCUUAAAUGAGGACGGGUGUAUUAUAUGAGACGCAUAGUAAAAUCCAUCAUAUGGCCGUAAAGAUGACAUGAGCUGUCAUUCUUUUCUAGCAAUAUCUCGAUCCAUGUUCAUGC